AUGUCGAUACCAGGACUAGGAGAGAUACCGUCGGCCGUAAGCCGCUCCAAUCUAGGUUAUUUUGAACAAUUAGCUAAUAUUCAACAGGCAGCCCCGGUUAUAACAUCUUCCUCUGCCGCAGCACCGACUACAACGGAGAUUCUCGAACCUUUCUGGGAGUAUCGCUUCGAGGUCCCUCAUGGUUCGACUCUAGACAUAAAAUUAAUCUCUGGUACUGCAGAGAAAGAUGGCACCGAGCUUGCUCCAAAUACACCCUAUACUUUCACCGCGACCAAGUCUAAGAUAAAUACCUGGCAUGGAUGUGCACUCGAAAUCUCCUCCACCGGUAACUACGAUGCCUACACCUCAGAGCCGACAGCAGAGGAGACCCCCAUGGUUAGCUACCUAAAUCUGCACUUCAAACUUGAGGCGCUUCGGACAGCUGCGGAUAAGACAAAACAAAUAGGGCCGCGAAUACUUGUCGUGGGACCGCCCAACGCGGGCAAGACAAGUUUAGUGAAGAUGCUUACGGGGUGGGCAACGCGCAUGGGGCGCCAGCCCCUUGUGGUAAAUACAGAUUGUCGCGAGGGCAUGCUCGCUCUACCGGGAUCUCUGAGCGCGGCUGUAUUCGCGACCAUUAUUGAUAUCACAACGGACUGGGGAAACACACCGAGUAGCGGGCCAAGUGCUGUGCCGGUAAAACUGCCGCUGGUAUACAAUUACGGAUUAGGACAACCUGAGGAAAAUAUGCGGCUUUAUAAGAGAUUAUUGAGUAGACUAGCUGUAACAGCGACCUCGCGACUUACCGAGGAUCCCGAUGUAAAGACAGCAGGACUGCUGAUUGACACCGGUGGGAUCAAUGUUUCUAAGGGAGGCUAUGAUCAUAUAGCACAUAUAGUCGCUGAGUUCUCUGUCAAUAUUGUGCUCGUGAUAGGUUCAGAACGUAUCAGCAGCGAGAUGCAAAAGAAAUUUGCUGGGCAGAAGACCAGUCUAGAUGAACCAAUCACCAUUGUUAGUCUAGAUAAAUCUGGUGGCGUUGUGGAAAGAGAUACUGGGUUCCUACAACAGGUUCAUGAAGCAGCUAUUAAGGAGUAUUUCUUCGGUGAUACGAAUACUACGCUGAGCCCCUUUACGCAGCAAGUUGACUUCUCAGCCUUGUCGAUCUGGAAAGUUAACCAAGCAUCUGCCUCGGCGACACUAGAAGACGACAUAUAUAGCGACACAAUGCUUGAGAAAAUCGAGCCGUCGCUUAUGAUACAAAAUUGUGUCCUAUCAGUUAUAUGUGCAUCAGUCCACGACUCAGCAGACAUGAUCCGCGACUCCAACGUUAUGGGCUACGUAUAUGUGGCCGAGGUCGAUGAAAAGCGACGAAAACUCAAGAUUCUAGCUCCUAUUGCGAGAGCCCGUGGCGUUGGCUUAAUAGUCACUGCUGGCGUGACUUUUCUGUUUGCCUUCUUCAUCCUCGCCCAUCUGUUGAUUCGGACCAGUCAGUCGAUCGACGAGUUGAAGCGUCCAACCAUGUGGAAAGAUAUCUUCCCCGCAGGGCUGCUGUCCCUAGGAUUAGCUGGCCAGACAUCCGCUACCCUCCUUUAUGUGUCCUCCUAUGCUGGUACCGUCACGACUUUACGUCUAACCCUGCCUGACGACGGCUCCGCCACCGCUGCUGCUGCUACCCUUGAGAAUAUCUCCAACUCGACGGGCUGUGGCCCGAAUCCGUCAUGGCUCUCGCUCGACUAUUCCAAAAACUUCCUCUUCUGUCUGGAUGAGGGUUUCAACGGUCCUUACGGAGGCGUGACCACCUUCUUCACUGACGAUGACGGAACGCUGACCACGUUGGACAAGCUUGAUGUGAUACAAGGGCCAGUUAGUAUCGCUGAGUUCGGCGUUGGUGGGAGCGGACUUGCCAUAGCACACUAUUCUGGUUCUAGCGUCAGCGUCGUUGGCUUCAAUGCCGAGGGCAAUCUCACUCUGGUGUACAAUGAGACUUAUACGCUCGAUGGACCCGGUCCCAACCCCGAACGACAGGAGGCGCCUCAUCCACACGAAUCUAUCUUAGACCCUACCGCGUCGUACGUCCUGGUACCGGAUCUAGGUGCUGACCUCGUCCGCAUCUACCAAGCCGAUGCUAGCACCCUCGGUUUGACACCUAUCGCCCCUCUCGCCGUACGGCCCGGGUCUGGGCCAAGGCAUGGCGCAUUCACGGUAACGUCAGAGAAGACUUACUUCUACCUGGUCUCUGAACUCGGUAACACGAUUACGGGGUAUGAGGUCAUAUACAACGAAAAUAAGACUCUCGGCUUUAACGAGUUAUUCUUCAUCCCUACGCACGGCGAGGAGAGGAAGUUACCAGAAAAGACAGGCGCGGCUGAGAUUCUCGUGUCGCCCGAUGGAAAUUUCUUGAUCGUAUCAUCUCGCUGGGAGGAUUCGUUUAACAUCACAAACUUCGAUCCUAGUAACAGCACUGAGAUCCCUUCAGAUCCACUCAUAACUUAUUCGAUUGACCGCGCAACUGGAAACUUGGCGAAAGUGCAGGAAUUCGCAGCUGGCGGUAGGGUACCCCGGCACUUCUCCAUCAACGCGGACGGCAACUUGGCAGCCGUAUCACUACAGGGGGACGGCCGCGUCGUUUUGAUCGAUCGCGAUGUCGAGACCGGGUUAUUCAAGAAUUACGUCGCGUAUGCGGAUAUUGAAGGCGAAGUGACUGCGGCCAUCUUCCGCGAGGAUUAUCAUACAAUCUAG